AUGUCUGUGCGGAGAAGCUGCCAAGCUCGUGAUGGCAUGGUCUUGUCAGAUCGACAGACCUUCGCCGCCGCGGCAUGGCAAGCAGUACAGGCUCAGCUCCACAGAGAGCGAGACUGGCCUGGCUCUGAUGUCUUCACAGCUCUGCUGAACAGCUUUGCAGCCAACCCAGCCCCGCGGUUUUGCAUGGUAUCGAAGGACAAGAUUCUUUUUCAGCUUCUACGGAGCAUGCUCCUAGGCCCACCGUUGACGAGACUUCUGGAAUGGUGCGGUUUCAUCUGGCUUGCUGGUGAGCCCAUCCGGGCCUUGGAACCCGCAGCUUGGGAGGCCGCGGGCAGUGCCUGCCAGGUGGAAGAGGCCUUCAUUCUCAAGGCGUGCAAGUCAGCCUUGUCUGUUGUUUCGGACAGCUUCAGGAGUGCACUGCAAUCCAUCACAGUCAUCACAGACAGCCACAACACUCAGUCUCCAUCGGAGCAGGUUCUGCGCCAGUUGGUGGACCAGGAGAUUCUCAAGAAGGAAGAGGUCAGCUCAGAGCUCGAAUCCCAGCUGGAGGCCCUGUGGGACCUGUGCGUGGACGAUGCCACAGCCCAGGCGGUGGUACGCUUCCGAGGCUUGGAGAUCCUCCUGCAGGCCUCCUCCUCGGGCGAGGGGCGCGUGGCAGAGGCAGCACUUGGCGCUGUGGCAAAUGUUUGCUCGCACUGGGUGGCAAAGCCUCCCCACGAGCUCACGGAUGUCGGACAAAUCGCCGUCGCCGUGAUAAACAUCCUUGCCACGCCUGAUGCAGCAGUUGCUGAGCAGGCUCUUCGAAUUGUUUUUACCUUGUUGUGCUGCACCGACGCUCCGAGGGCCACCCUGUGGUGUGCAGCAGCGGUAGAGCGCUACAUGUUCGUGGUGGAGAGUUCCCUGCGAUGGGGUGCAGUCCGUUUCGCUUGCGAUGCGCUGGCACAGGGCAUCGCCCUCGAGGCACAGACAGGCGGACCUAAUGCAGAGGCGCCCUGCGAGGCUUUGGCUGCAAUGCGUCGCCUGAGGGCUUUGGCCUUGGUCGCAAAGCGUUGUGAAGAGCUGGCGGGAGUCAUCGAGGAGGGUGCCGAUGGAGCAGAAGGCGAUGGUGAUCCGGAAACGGUACUGUGGUCAGUCUUACGUUUGAUCGACAGUUUGCUGACCGUGAUGGAUUGCUCUGACUCCGAGGCCACCGCGGCGCUUGCCGCGGCCUUGGCCGCACUCCACGCGGCGCAGCGGCCCGAAGCCCAGGUGGAGGCACUGGAGGUAAUUUCAACCCUCUUCGAGGGCGAGGCGCAAAGCGCGGCUGAUACGGAUUCGCGGCUGCUGCGGCAGGCUUCGGAAUCUCUUCAGUCUGAUGCUGACAUGGUUGAGAAGCUGGUCUUGCUUCUCCCCGACCUGGACGAGGACAGUCAAGGCGUCGCCCUGAUGGCACUGGUGCUUCUGCAGUCAGCCCGGCCGGAGGACGUGCAGAAUCAUGCAGAGGCGAUCCAGGAAGCGGUGGCAUCCUUCAGCAAGACGCAGUUGGAGGAUGCUGGGGUGCGACCAGCCUUCUUGCAAAGUUUGGUGUAG